AUGGCUACUCGCUCUAGGCUUUUGGAGAAGACUUGGCGACUGGAGCUGCGUCAAUUUACAAGUCCCAUCGAGGCGUUUGCUAUGGAUAGCAAGGCCAAGAGCGUACUGUCUGAUGUCCUCCUGCUACCGGCUACUCAUGGAAGCAUUCUGAGUGGUAGGAAUCGAAUGAAUGCGCUGGGCUGGAACUAUCUGUGCAUAACACUUACUGCGGAUAUAGACCUGCUCGAAAUUGCUUCCGGUCGUGAUGGCUUGGAGGCUGCUUCAGCAGCUCUAGUCCAUGUUGUGGAAUGGUCCCGAUCAACGAGCGCUCGAAGGGCAGUACUCCAUGCAGCACAAGUAUUUGACAUUUUGGAUUCGUCACGAAUCCGCGAAUCACAUCUGACUCGGCCUGACCUUGUCCUUUUUGUGUCUGCGCUGGUGAUCAGCCAGUACGUUCUUGUAUCUAGCCAUGAGAGUGUUCCGCUGGGUGCCCCCACAUUCGAGCUGCUGCAAGACAUCGACUGGGCCCUAAUAAGAGAUGAGGGCCUGGGAGCUGUCACGGGGCUGCUUCUCCCUAGCUCACCAUUAGAGCAUGAACGAGCACCAGCCGUGUCGAAUACACCACAAAGCUUCUUGCAGCAGGGCGGCCCAAUAUCCUUCGGCGGAGAGUUUCAGAAAUUUGGGCAUGUCGCUGCAAGAAGAAUGGCUAGAAAGUUUGCCCACUUGAUGGAUGGCUUUGGUAAAUGGGAUGGAUGCAGCUAUUCUCGGCUCUUGAGGGCCAUGUGUGGGUUCGUGGGCGAGGAUGACAGAGAUUACUAG